UUUCAACUGCUGUCGCUAUCGUCUCCUUGUUGGAAAUCCAGUACAGUACACUGAGUACACCAUUUCUGAGCAGCAGCUCGAAAAACUCCUGCAAAUCAGAUAUCAAACAGUAAUAACUAAUGAUUCUUAAAUCCCUCCCAUUUCCCUCCAAUUCAACCUACCUUUCCAAAACCCACUAUCUCAAUCUCACUCCCCAUCUCUUCUUCUCCCGUACUUCAAACCCUACCCCCCAAAACGACGACGUAGACACCAUCCACACGAUCAUAACCACCUCCUCCUCCUUUCAAAACCUUAACCACUCGCUAAAUUCAACAAACAUUUUCCUUUCUCACGACCUAAUUGAACAGGUCUUAAAAAGAGUCCGUUUUAGCCACGGUAACCCUUUACAAGCCCUCCAAUUUUUCAAUUUCGCUGAUUCUAGAGAUGGGUUUUAUCACACUCCUUAUUCCUUAGAUACCAUGCUUUAUAUUCUCGGUAGAAGCCGUAAAUUCGAUCAUAUUUGGGAUGUUUUGGCUCGAAUUAAGCGAAAAGAUCGGUUCUUGAUUACGCCCAGAACUGUGCAAGUUGUAUUAGGUCGAGUUGCUAAGUUAUGUUCUGUUAGACAGACUGUUGAGUCUUUCCGAAAGUUUCGGAGAUUUGUUUCCGUGUUGGAUACUAGUUGUUUUAAUGCUUUGUUGAGGACUUUGUGUCAAGAGAAGAGUAUGAGUGAUGCUAGGAAUGUGUAUCAUAUGUUGAAGAAAGAGUUUAGGCCGGAUUUGCAGACUUUUAAUAUACUCUUGUCGGGUUGGAAGUCCGCAGAGGAGGCGGAGUUGUUUUUUACGGAAAUGAGGGAGUUUGGUGUUAAACCGGAUGUUGUUUCCUAUAAUUCUUUGAUUGAUGUUUAUUGUAAGGGUAGAGAGAUUGAGAAAGCUUAUAGGGUGAUUGAUGAGAUGAAGGGAGAAGAUAUUUCGCCUGAUGUGAUAACGUAUACGAGUGUUAUUGGAGGGCUUGGUUUGAUGGGGCAGCCGGAUAAAGCUAGAGAUUUGUUGAAGGAAAUGAAGGAGUAUGGAUGUUAUCCGGAUGUUGCGGCGUAUAAUGCUGUUAUUAGGAAUUAUUGUAUUGCUAAAAGGCUUGGUGAUGCUUCGAGUUUGAUGGAUGAGAUGGCGAGUAAGGGUUUAGAUCCAAAUGCUACGACUUAUAAUCUGUUCUUUCGGGUUUUAUAUUGGUCAAAUGACUUGAAAAGCUCGUGGAGGUUAUAUAGGAGAAUGAUGGAUGCUGGGUGCUUGCCUAAUACGCAGUCUUGUAUGUUUCUAAUGAGACUGUUUAGGAGGCAUGAAAAGGUGGAUAUGGCAAUUUCGCUGUGGGAUGACAUGGUGGAGAAGGGUUUCGGAUCUUACACUUUGGUAUCGGAUGUGUUGUUUGAUUUACUUUGUGAUAUGGGGAAGUUGGUGGAAGCAGAGAAGUGCUUUUUGCAGAUGAUAGAGAAAGGUCACAAGCCGAGCAGUGUAUCUUUCAGGCGGAUUAAAGUGCUGAUGGAAAUGGUGAACAAGCAUGAUGCCCUCAGUAACUUAGAGAAGGAAAUGGCUGUUUUAGGGUCUUCAGUUCAACUUCCUGAUCGAAAAGAGCGCCAUAAUGAGAAAUCAUAUAUAGAUCCACUUCCCAGUUAAUCAUGGAAACCAUUAGUAAUGGCAUGAUAGUGAAGUUCUGCAGCAGGCCUUCCGGGUAGGCAGAGUAUAAAUUGGUUUUAUCUGUUGUUUAGCUUGAUAAUGAAAAAUUCCUUCCUUGGAUGACAGCAUUCUAAGGAGUAAUAAACUCCCAUGGAACAAAUUGUUUUCUCUGCCAUCUAUUGAACUACUAAUUGUGCCUAUGUUGCGUGGAAAGUUGUCGAGUUCUAUGUUUCCGCAUUCUAUUAUUUUCUGGGAAUGUUUUUGAAAUUCUGAAACUUUAAAUGCUUCCACACAACAUAGAUUUUGCGAGAGACGUGUAUUAAUUAGCCUGAGAAAUAGAAGUCAAUAGCAGUCUCCAUGGGAGGAACUAUGCUAAUUAUUUUGUGUCUUUGACAUUACAUGAUAAUUCAAUCUAAUCAAAUUCGAACAAAAUUAUUUUC